UUUUUUUUAAUAUACUCCUAAUUUACACAUAUUUGUUUACCUAUAAAUUUUUUUCCAUCUCUGAAUUUCUCAUCAACUAAACUCUGAAAGUUAAAAAGCCAGUUGCCCAAUUUCACUCAAAUUUGUAGAUUUAUAAAUAAUCUUUAAGUUUUGAUCCCCAAAUCUAUCUGGGUUUAUAAAAAAGAAAAUAAAAAUCGAAUCUUUUUUAGCUGUUUCUCCUCCAUUGCAUCAGGUGAUUAGAAAACUUAAAGGGGUGCACUUUUGAAAAGCUCAAUUCUUUUAAUCGAAGCCUUGAAUCAGAUAAACAAUCUCAGCAAGGAUUUCCACGGAUUCAAUGAAUAACACUGAUCAUGCACCAGAAACACCAACACUCAAAAUCAAGGCAUUCUUUGAAUCUGCUCCACCACUAAAAGAUGCUGCUGAAAUAGAGACAAAAUUGAAGGAAUUUGUCGACCGGAAUUCAUCAUCAGGCAAAUUUGAGAAUGGAAAAGCAAACAGGGUGGUGUGUGUGACUUCUGGCGGUACAACUGUUCCUUUGGAGAAGCGAUGUGUUCGUUAUAUUGACAACUUUAGCUCUGGUCAUAGAGGAUCUGCUUCCACAGAGUACUUUUUGAAGGCUGGUUACUCUGUCAUCUUUCUUUAUCGUAGGGGAACCUGCCAGCCAUUUUGCAGAUCGCUGCCUGACGAUCCAUUGCUUGAGUGUUUUACUUCAACUGAUGAUACAAGUAUUCAAGUGGAUCCUUCGCAUGCUGAAGUGGUGAAGAGAGCUAUUACUGAAACUCAUUCUGCAGUUAAUGGCGGCUUCCUGCUGAAAUUACCGUUUACAACAAUUUUUGAAUAUUUGCAGAUUCUUCGGAUGAUAGCUGUGUCUUUCAGGAGCCUUGGUCCUAGUGCUGUGUUCUAUCUUGCAGCUGCAGUUUCUGACUUCUAUGUACCGUGGGAGAGCAUGACGAUGCAUAAGAUCCAGUCAGCAUCUGGUCCUUUAGACAUGCGGCUUGCUCAAGUACCAAAGAUGCUUUAUGUGCUUAGAAAUGAGUGGGCACCUGUGGCCUUCUGCAUAUCUUUCAAGCUGGAGACAGAUAUAGAUAUCCUUUUAGGGAAGGCUGAUAUGGCCCUCAAAAAGUACAAGAUGCAUAUGGUGGUAGCUAAUGAACUUCAAACUCGUAAAGAGGAAGUUAUAGUUGUCACAGAGCAGGAAAAAAUCACAGUUCGUCGGGACACAACUCAACCUGGGGCUGAUGUUGAGAAUCCAUUGAUUAAGCUUGUUGUGGAAAGGCAUUCAACAUACAUCAACCAUUCUGAUGCAUGAUCUCUAAGGACUGACCAACAAUUAUUUUGUGGAUUUAUGAAUCUGACUUCCUUGGAGAUUGCAUUACAUCUGGAUACACCAUUCCAUCCCACCUAACCAACUUCCACAGGCUCUCUUGAAAGAAGAAAAAGAAAAAGGGUGUUUUUUAGUUGUUCCAAUUGAGGAGUCUUUUUUUUUUGUUUAUCUUGUUAAAGAAUAAUUUCGUGAACGAAAAAUGGCGCUGUACUACUGAAUUUAUUAGCAAGAAUAUGUUCUUUCUUUA